AUGCAAGAGAGAACAAAAAGCACAUCCAAUGAAGCCAAGCAAAAAGGUCGAGAAACUUUGGAUGAGGUUCAACACAAAGGACGGCAGUUUGCUAAUCAAGCAAGAGAUAAAGCUUACGAAGAGAAAGGCUUCAUUCAGUCCAUGGCACAAUCAGUAGCAGCAUUCGUGACGGGAGAGUCCGACCAAGGACGAGAACUCAGAGAUAAAGGUCAUGAGGCUGCAGAUCAAACAAAAGAGAGGUCCAGAGAAACGAGCGACAGCACGAGAGGUGGAGUAAAAGACGUCGUCGAGGAGGCUAAGACGAAAGGCCAAGACGCUGCUGACAGGUCCGAGGGGAGGUGGCACGAGACGAAAAAGACCAGUCAAGAGACCGCUGAUAGAGCUAAGCAUGAAGCACAAGCCCGGGCGGAGCAAGGAAAAGGCUUCGUACAAGAAAAGAUAUCACAGGCCAAAGCCAAGUCUGAAGAAGCGCUGGACGAUCUCAAAACGAGGAUAAACAUUAGCAGCGAUGAGGCAUCUGAUCGAAUCAGAAAGGCAGGAAAAGGUGUUUAUGACACGGCAGAUGACGCCGCUGAGGAGGUCAAGGACAAGGGACUGUUGCAAGCUGUGAAAGAUUGGACUGCAGAAAGAGCUCAAAGCGACCAAGAGCUACGAGAGCGAGGGAAGCUAAAGGCAGAAGACAUGUUUGGCAAGUCAAGAGAAAAAAGCAGCGAGAUAAGUGAGGAAACCAGACGCAAAGACGAAGAAAUUCGGGAGCGGGGAAAACUGAAAGCAGAGGGCAUGCUCGGCAAAGCGAGAGAGAAUACAUACGAAAAGAGUGAAAACACCAGACGCGCGGACGAGGAGCUGCGUGAGAAGGGAAAGCUCAAAGCCGAAGACAUAUUUGGCAAGGCAAAAGAAACAGUUCAAGUCUCCAAGGAAAAGCUUGAGGAAACAAGAGAGAAAGGAAAGCUCAAAGCCGAGGACAUGCUGGGAAGUACACACGACAGGGCGCACCAGCACAGACAAGUAGCUGAUGAUGCUCGUCACAGAGCAACAGAAACAGCCAACGAAUCUAAAGAGAAAGCCGAAGACCAGCGGGGACUUCUACAGUCUGGGCUCGCGAAAAUAGAACAAGCAGCGUACAACGCAGGACAGAUGCUAAGGCAGCAAAAGGAUGAGGCUUCUCAAGGCACAGCGGAUGCAUGGAACGCAACAAAGCAGUACAUCAACGACACUCGAGAGAACGUCCAGGCGACUGUUCACGACAGGCAGGAGCGGAGUAAGAGCUUCAUUCAGUCAGCUAAGGACGCGGUUCUUUCGAAGCUUGAAAACGCAGCUGGGAGUGGAGAAGAUAUGAUGCAUCGAACAAAGGAACAAGCAGCCAGCCGGAGGAGUGAUAAGAACAAGCCCGAAGAACGAUGACAUACCUGAGUUCGCAAUAGCUCCUCCCAUCAUCAUCGAGACCAAGUUGCGUUUAGCAAUGCUCCGGCGUCCUUC